AUGUUAGCCUUUCUCCUUUUUGUAGCCGUUUCAAACGCAUCAAAGGGAAUUGAUGUCUCUCAAUCAACAUCAACUUCAUCAUUCAGUUGCUUAAGAACCAAUGGGUUUACUUCGAUAGUUAUAGUUCGUGCUUGGAGAUCAUCAGGAACCUUUGAUACCAACUGUGUUCAAACACUCAAAAAUGCAGCUUCUGCCGGAUUUACUGCCAAGACUUCUGAUGUCUACUUUUUCCCUUGUGUUUCCUGUGGUGAUGCUGCUGGUCAAGUGAAAACUUUCUGGUCCAAAGUUGAGUCCAACAGCCUGAAAGUUGAAAGAGUGUGGUUUGACAUCGAAGGAACGUGGACAAGCAGUACUACAAGUUUCAAUAGAAACUUCUUUGACGCUAUGAUCAACGAAGCUCGAGCUAUUGGAAUUAAAUACGGCAUUUAUGCUUCAAAGAAUGGGUGGACUUCUAUUCUUGGGUCAUACACUUUUAAAUAUGCGAGUGAUAUUCCUUUGUGGUAUGCCCAUUACGAUAACAAAGCAAGUUUCUCCGAUUGGUCAUCGUAUGGAGGAUGGUCUGCUCCUACUAUGAAACAGUAUUUGGGAGAUGUAGCAACUUGUUCCGCCAAUGUGGACUACAAUUACAAGGCUUAA